GAGGCAAAAUGAAGCUGCUGUCUGGAAGGACAUGGCCCGGGACGCAGCAUGACUAAGAAGAUUAAAUAAGAUUUACUCAUCAGCAACACUACUCUCACGGCACUGGACAUAGCAACAGCUAGGAUAGGACAAUGUGAGGUGAUACUACAACAGCAUGGUGACGUACAUCCUGUGGUGUGCGUUUGCAUGGACAUUCAAGGGUCUGUUAUGUACCUGCAGGUUCUUCUGGGUGAGCCCAUACUACUCAAUCAAAUACAUGCCCAAUGAACCUCACAGAACAGGGAAGGAUCACGACCAUCAAGUGAAACAAAAAACUGGCUCUGCAAGUCAGGAAAUACCAGGAAGUCAUGGUAGCAGUACCAUGCAAAGGAGACUGUCCAAAGCUGAGAGAGAGAUCCAGGCCCUCAAGACCCAGAUCACCUUUGAGAGGGCAACAUGGGAGAGGAAGUUUGGGGAACUGCAGAAAAAACAGCAGGACCUACGUUAUCAGUUUGAUCAGCUGAUCUCUGCGACUGUAGCCAGGCCUGGAAGCUUACUUCAGGUGGGCAGCUUUGAGGACCUUGGCGAGUCAGAGGUGGAGAACAGGCAUCCUUACGAUGAAAAGGACCAGGACAGCUCAAGCAGCUUGAGCCAUUCCAACCGAAGCAGAGGGUCUGAGAGGACGUCAUCAACAGGUGACACAUGCCAAAGCAGCUUGUCUGGCAGCCAAGUCUCAUUGAACUCAGCAUUUGGCUCCAGACCCAUUUCUGCUCUGUCUACAGCCACCAGUGGGAACUCCUGGAGGAGCUACACCGGUCCACACCGGGUCUUUGUACCUCACUCCCCCCUGGACCUGCAGACGGGACACCGGGUUCGAGUCCUAUUGCCCUCGGGUCGGAUCAGCACAGGCACGGUUCGUUACCUGGGCCACCUGGAGGGGGAGACAGACUUCCAUAUGGGAGUGGAGCUGGAAUCACCUGAACACGGGCAGCAAGAUGGCACACAAAGUGGACAGUGCUACUUUGAAUGCAAGCCUGGCCAUGGUGCCUUUGUCCCAUUCACCAAGCUGCUGAUGGCCUGGGAGUGAUGACAUCACAGUCUCUCUGAUGGUCACAUUUGGAUGGAUCAUAUGGACUUUGUGGCAUCAAUCACAAAUGGUCUCUGAAAGCAAACUUACAUGCACACGUUUACUGUGAAUGUGGUACCCCUGAUUAAGCUACUGUACAACCAACAUGCUUCAAAUAUCACAGAACUGUCAACUAUUGACCCUGUAUUAAAGACCAAAAUUGGCUAAAGAAAAAGAGGAGAACAAAAUGCUAAGAAAUGCUAUAUACAGUAGGAUAUACUGUACAUGUAUACAGUGGUAUAUGUGGGAUGAGCACUAACACUGUUUUCUUUGUGUUCAGAAAUAAAAUAACACUCUUGUAGCAUCAAAUAGUAAUGGCUUAUUAUGCAUUUUGAAGUACACUAAACAGUAUAUACAAAUGUAUGUGGACAGCCCUUCAAAUUAGUGGAUUCGGCUUUUUCUGCCACAACCUUUGCUGACGGGUAUAAAAUCAAGCACACACCCAUGCAAUUUAUAACAGUAUUACCCAAUGGUCUGCCUAGUUUUCACUCUAAGGUAUUGAAAUCUAACUGCCAUGUGGUGACUGUCUGUUUCCCUUCCCUUGCAGCAAAGCUGGCCAUGGUGCCUUUGUCCCAUUCACCAUUCAUUAGGGCAUCUCAGUGAUGAUAUUGUUCAUGAUUACUCAACCUGAAACUGUAUACUUUUUAUCUUGUUCAUGACAUGGCCGAUAGAAAACAUUUGGUAUUAUGCAAAUAUAGAAUCUCUCAAUGACAAAUAAUGGAACA